AAUUAAGAUUAUAACCAUAUAAUUUACGUAAUUCAGCAAGUAACCAAAAACUCUAACUAAUUACAAGUCUAUUCCUGUAUUAUUUCCCUAUUUUCCAAUUUGCCAUGACUCAUCAUCUUCUUCGUUUUGUUGAUCAGAUAUUGAUCUAAAGGUAAUAUUCCAUAUGUUCUAAAGGUAAUGGAUUGUGAAUCAGAUAUUGAUCUAAAGUGGUCGUGUGUCAAUUGCGGCCGCAAUAAUGGUGAUGGUGGUAGAGAUGACAGCGUAAUGGUUGUUUCUAUGGUGGUGACGAUUGCAGUGGUGAUGGUGAUGAUGGUAUGACAUUUGUGGAAAUAAUGGUGGAUGCGAUGAUGACGACGGUUGCAAGGGUAAUGGUUGUAAUAGCAUAGAAGAGAUGGUGAUUGUGUAGAUAAGGGUACUUUAGUAUAUAUUAUAGUUUAUAUACAAAAUAUCAUCUCUGUUUUUUUUGUUGGUUAGUUUCUUAAUUAUAGUUAUUUUGUUAAUCAAUUUUGCAAAUUUCCCUAUUUAUUUUGUUGUAAAGUAAAUGGAGUCCUUUCACAAUUGUUUCAAAGGAUUUGGGCCAAAAGAGUUCCUAAAUUUUUUAAAACCUUCUUGAGAAAAGUUUUGUGGUAAAUUUGGAAAUUUG